AUGGCUUCCAAUAUGACAUUCCUAAUCCAUGUUUUAGUAUUUGUGAGUUUAUGUUCAUGGAGCAUUGAAGUGAGUGAAGCAGGGCGUUAUCUCCAAAAAGUACCUAGGAUCCCUCAUGCAAUUGGUGUCAAAACUUCUAUUCCACCUAACACUUUAGGUCACAUCCUUAAUAUUCCUGAUAUUCCUUCCAUUCCUCCAGUUAUUAGCAUACCUCCUGUUGGUUUGACAACUUCUAUUUCACCUACCACUUCACAUCUCAUCCCUAAUAUUCCUGAUAUUCCUUCCAUUCCUCCAGUUAGUUCGAAAACUUCUAUGACACCUAUUACUAUUCCUCUCAUCCCCAAUAUUCCUGAUAUUCCUUCAGUUCCUCCGGUUAGUUCAACAACCUCUAUUUCACCUACCACUUCGCGUCACAUCUCUAAUAUUCCUAACAUUCCUUCCAUUCCUCCAGUUAUUGGCAUGCCUCCAAUUGGUUCAAUAAGUUCUAUUCCACCUACCACUUCGCGUCUCAUCCCCAAUAUUCCUGAUAUUCCUUCCACUCCUCCAGUUCGUUUGAUAACUUCUAUUCCACCUACCACUUCUAAUAUUCCUCCCAUUCUUCCAGGUAUUCGCAUGCCACUAGUUGGUUCGAUAACUUCUCUUCCAUCUGCCAGUUCGCGUCUCAUCCCUAAUAUUCCUAGUAUUCCUUCCUUUCCUUCAGUUAUUAGUAGACCCCCAGUUGGUUCGAUAACUCCUACUCCACCUACCACUUCCGCCUCUCGUCCCCAAUACUCCUAA